GAGACAAGGCCAAGCAAGCUUCUGACAUGAGUGAUGUCUUGGAUCUUACAGCUCGCAGUACACCAACACAGCAAGCUGCGCCUCUGCUUAUCGUCCGGCCGAGUCGUUUUGUUCAAAUUCCGGUGUUCAUAAGCGGAGGUGGUGGAAGAGAGUCUUCUCCAGGCCCUACCGGGAAUCCAGAGAUGGCAAGUGCUUGGCUGUUACUUGAACGUGCACAAAAAGCGGGCCAAGAGAACGUGGCGAGCAUAUUGCGACGCAAGCUAGGAAAUCUUCUGCCAACGCAGGAGCAUCGCGCGCGCUACGCAGAGAAAAUGCUUCUCGAAUUGGGAAAAGUAGAGGCGCAGAAUGACAACGCCGCGAAUGUUGAUGGAAAUCUAGCGAACGAUAUUGACCUAUCGCAAUUCGGGAUCCCUUACAUGAAAGACUUCUCACUAUACCAGAACUUUAAGAAUGUCACAG